GCUGAUUAAAAGCCAGAAAGUGCUGUUGGUUGGACUAGUUUUUUUGCAUUACUACGUGUUUUAAUUGCAAGUAGUUGGAUCAUCUACGUUUACAAGUUUUUGCGCGUUUUCAAUAUGAGUUUUUUGUCAAGAUCAGCAAUUAUUGGUUCUAGAAGAUUCCAAUUUCAUCAAUCAUACUACUUGAGAAAUACUUUGAAUUCGAUAAGAUUGUUUGAUAGAAAAAUUAAUAUCAAUUAUAACCCAAAUCGUUAUUUAUCAAGCAAAAAAACCGAGAAAGAUGAACCAAGCUCUAUUUUGAGUGACGACAUAUUGGCUAAAGCUGGUUUCGAAGUCGAUGAGAUUGAAAAACAUCAUAAGGAAAGCGAAAGACAAAAACAAAUAGAAGAGGCUGAAAGGCAAGAAAAGGAAAAUGAAAAGGAAAAUGAAAAUGAUAGCGAUAACGAUAAAAGAGAAAGAAGAAAAAGAGUUAGUUCCCUAGAUCGUAAAAGAGAUAGAUGGGGUAAUUUAUCAUUUUUCUCAUUUGUCGGGGCAACUAUAUUAGGCACAGCAUAUUUAGCCAGAAACUGGGACGAAGGUGAAGAAGAAAAAAUCACAUUACCAGGAGAAUCGUAUGUCGACAAUGGUUAUACUCCAGGGUUAAUGUAUGAAAGAUUCAAAAAAAGAUUCCAAUCCAUUUUUUCUUAUUUCUCCGAACCAGCAUUUGAAGAAUUGUUACCUCCUUCUCCACCAGAACCAUAUAAGAGACCAUUGACACUAGUCAUAGGAUUAGAAAAUUUAUUAGUUCAUUCAGAAUGGACUAAAGAUGGUGGCUGGAGAACAGCAAAGAGACCAGGUUUAGACUACUUUUUAUCAUACUUGUCAUUAUAUUACGAAAUUGUUAUAUUUUCAUCCAAUUCUUUCAUGUAUAAUGAAAGAACAAUUGAAAGAUUGGAUCCAAACAAAUUACACAUAUCAUAUGCAUUGCACAGAGAGGCAGCAAGAUAUGUUGACGGAAAGAUAAUAAAAGAUUUGUCACUAAUGAAUAGAGAUUUAGGUAAAAUUAUUAUUGUUGAUACUGAUCCAAACUGUUUCGAAUUACAACCAGAUAAUGCAAUUGGAAUGAAACCUUGGGAUGGUAAACCCGAUGAUAAAUUAAUUAGAUUGAUUCCAAUUUUAGAAUAUAUAGCAGCUCAACCAAAUAUUAAAGAUAUUAGACCAAUUAUAAGAACUUUUGAAGAUAAAUUCAAAAUUCCCGAAGAAUUCCAUCAAAGAGAAAUGAAAUUAAGAGAAGAGUUUAAAAAAGAAUAUGAAUUGAAAAAGAAAAACCAUAAAGGAAAUUGGGCAUUUAAAUUAUUGGGAUUACAACCUUUAGGUAGCACUGCAAACGUUAGCAGCAACGGGAUUAAACAAGACGAUGAACCCAAAAUGUACAUUGAUUUAAUUCGUGAAGAAGGUCAAAGACAAUAUAAAAGUUAUUUAAAAUUCUUGGAAGAAAAAGGUCAAGAAAUGUUAGAAAAACAAAAACAAAUGGAAAAACAAAUGCUUUCAGAUCAAAAAUUUUCCAUCAAUAAACUCUUAACAGAAGGUAUGCCAAACCAAGAAGAUAUAGCAAAGGCUCAAAUAGAAAAAAUGCAAAAAGUUCAACAAGCUCAACCAGUGCAAUGAUUUCAAAUAAUAUCAAGAGAAAUUUAUAUUUCUUUCUAAAUAGCUUUUUUGAGACAACAUUUACUUAUGAAAUACUUGUAAAUAUAGUGCAGCCAACAAACUGGAUACCUUUUGCAAAAUAUGUCAAUACACAUAAUGACGCACUGACUUGCAUACGUUCAGAGUGUAUAUAAAGCAAUUACGUAGAUUCGAAUUAUAUCGAAAUCGUGUUCGGA